AUGUCCGACUCUGAGGGCAGCUCUGCAGUGGCCGAGAAUGGCAAGCCCAAUGAGAAGACCUUACAGGUGCUGCAGGACAUGGCCAAUCGUCUGCGCAUCCAUUCAAUCAGGGCCAUGUGCACCUCAAGCUCUGGCCACCCCACUGCGUGCAGCAGCGCUGCUGAGAUCAUGUCUGUGCUUUUCUUCUACACCAUGAGGUACAAGCAGGUGGACCCAGAGCAUCCAGCCAACGACCGCUUCAUCCUCUCCAAGAGACUGUCAUUUGUUGAUGUGGCCACAGGCUGGUUUGGCCAAGGACUGGGGGCCGCCUGCGGGAUGGCAUAUAAUGGCAAGUACUUCGACAAGGCAAGCUACCGUGUGUUCUGCCUCUUGGGAGAUGGUGAACCUUCUGAAGGCUCUGUCUGGGAAGCAAUGGCCUUCGCUUCCCACUACAGUCUGGACAACCUCGUGGCAAUCUUUGAUGUGAACCGUCUAGGACAUGGCGGCAUCUUGCCUAUGGAGCACUGCAUGGAGAUCUACCAGAAACGUUGUGAGGCUUUCGGGUGGAAUACCUACGUUGUGGAUGGCCGGGAUGUGGAGGCACUGUGCCAGGUGUUCUGGAAGGCAGCUCAAGUGAAAGGCAAGCCCACUGCUGUGGUUGCCAAGACAUUCAGGGGCCGAGGCAUGCCAAAUGUCGAAGAUGCGGAAAGUUGGUAUGGAAAGCCAGUGCCAAAAGAGAGAGCAGAUGCGAUAAUCAAGUUAAUUGAGAGCCAGAUACAGACCAACACGAAUCUAGAGCCGAAACCCCCCAUUGAGGACAUCCCUCAAAUCAGUAUCUCGGAUGUCAAAAUGAGCUCUUCACCUGCUUACAAAGUUGGCGACCAGGUGGCUACUCGGAAAGCCUGUGGUUUGGCUCUUGCCAAGCUGGGCCAUGCAAAUGACAGAGUUGUUGUGUUAGAUGGGGACACCAAAAACGCCACUUUCUCUGAAAUCUUCAAGAAAGAACACCCUGAGCGCUUCAUUGAAUGCUUCAUUGCUGAGCAAAAUAUGGUGAGUGUGGCAUUGGGCUGUGCCACCCGUGGUCGAACCAUUGCUUUUGCAAGCACCUUUGCUGCCUUUCUGACCCGAGCAUUUGAUCAGAUCCGCACGGGAGCCUUCUGUGAAACCAGUAUCAAUCUGAUUGGCUCCCACUGUGGCGUGUCUGUGGGUGAAGAUGGCCCUUCACAGAUGGCCCUGGAGGACCUGGCCAUGUUCCGAGCCAUUCCCAACUGCACUAUUUUCUAUCCAAGUGACGCUGUCUCCACCGAACAUGCUGUCUGUCUGGCAGCCAACACCAAGGGAAUGUGCUUCAUUCGCACCAGCCAACCAGAAACUGCAGUGAUUUACAACCCAGAAGAAACCUUCAAGGUCGGACAGGCCAAGGUCAUCCGCCAAAGUGCCAAUGACAAGGUCACAGUUAUUGGAGCUGGAGUUACUCUGCAUGAGGCCUUAAUGGCUGCUGAAGAUCUUUCUAAAGAAGAUGUUUUUAUCCGUGUCAUCGACCUGUUUACUAUUAAACCGCUGGAUGCUGCCACGAUCAUCUCCAAUGCAAAAGCAACAGGUGGCAUGAUUAUCACAGUGGAGGAUCACUAUGCAGAGGGUGGCAUCGGGGAAGCCGUCUCCUCUGCCGUCGCCAUGGAAGCGAGCAUUGUCGUUUACCAGCUGGCAGUAGUGGGGUUGCCCCAGGAUGGAAGACCGAGCGAGCUGCUGGAUGUGUGUGGCAUCAGUGCCAGGCACAUCAUCAUGUCUGUGAAGAGGAUUUUAAGCACCUAAAAGUGAUUUUAAGAGUGGCCGUUCUACCCUACCUUUCUGCCUAUUCCAAAACAAUCCUUACCAUCUAUUCUGCUGUGCUUCUUGAAAGCACAGCCUUUUGCCCAUUUCUUCAGCCCUAAUUCCCAAGUUCAACUGAACUUUCCAAAAAAAAAAAAAAAACAAGUCAUGCCUGCAUAGCCAAACUUGUGUAAGUGAUGAGCAGCUAAUGAAACAACUAUUGCUAACAGUAUUGUGAUGAGCCUGCAGGUACUGUGUAGUGGGUGAGUGUGGAGGUGACAGUUAUUCCAUAAAUACUAGAAAAUUCAGUUGUAGGCAUCAGCCGAGGUUUUACAGCAUCCAUAACACCAUGCCACACUGCUGCUUUGCCCUCUGUUAGAUCGCAUGUGUGCCAUCCUACCUGCAGCUUCCUGGGUAAUGUGCAGUUGCAGUCGCCCUGGAGUUGUCACGAGUAUUCGCCUUCAUCUCCGCUCCACAGUGCAGAGGCUGACGAGCCGCAGCAGCAGCCAGGAUGUUCU